AUGUCCGACAAGUACAUCCCCGAGCACCGUCGCAACCAGUACAAGGCGAAGAGCACCUUCAAGCCCGAGGAGCUUCGACGUCGUCGCGAGGAGCAGGCUGUCGAGAUCCGCAAGGCUAAGCGAGAGGAAAACCUAGCCAAGCGUCGAGGCAUCGGCUCUGGCGACCAGCGACCGGGUGCCUCUCUGGGUGCCGCACCCGACAGCGACGAUGACACAGCUCCCACCGAGAGCCAGCUGAACGAGGACCUGCCUCUCAUGGUCCAAGGUGUUUUCUCCGACCAGAUCGACCUCCAGAUCCAAGCCACCACCAAGUUCAGGAAGCUACUCUCCAAAGAGCGAAACCCGCCCAUCGAGGAAGUCAUCAAGACUGGUGUCGUCACGCGAUUCGUUGAGUUCCUGCGAUCCCCGCACACUCUGGUCCAGUUCGAGGCUGCCUGGGCUCUUACCAACAUUGCAUCUGGUAGCGCUUCACAGACCCAGGUCGUUAUCGAGGCUGGUGCAGUGCCCAUUUUCGUUGAGCUCCUGGCCAGUCCCGAACCCGAUGUCCGAGAACAGGCUGUCUGGGCCCUGGGUAACAUUGCUGGCGACAGCCCCUCUUGCCGGGACUAUGUGCUGAGCUGCGGUGCCUUGAAGCCUCUGCUCAACCUCCUUGGUGAUAGCCGCAAGCUGAGCAUGCUCCGUAAUGCCACCUGGACGCUGAGUAACUUCUGCCGAGGAAAGACCCCCCAGCCCGACUGGACUACGAUUGCGCCUGCUCUACCUGUCCUUGCCAAACUGGUAUACUCGCUGGACGACGAAGUGCUGAUCGAUGCCUGCUGGGCCAUCUCAUACCUUUCGGAUGGUUCCAACGACAAGAUCCAGGCCGUCAUCGAAGCUGGUAUUCCCCGUCGCCUCGUGGAACUGCUCAUGCAUGCGUCGACCUCGGUUCAGACACCUGCCCUGAGAUCGGUUGGCAACAUAGUCACUGGCGACGAUGUCCAGACCCAAGUCAUCAUCAACUGUGGCGCUCUGUCUUGCUUGCUGUCGCUUUUGAGCUCCAACAAGGAUGGGAUUCGCAAGGAGGCGUGCUGGACGAUCUCGAAUAUCACUGCCGGUAACUCCCAGCAGAUUCAGGGAGUCAUUGACGCCAACAUCAUCCCCCCGCUGAUCCAUCUGCUCUCGAACGGUGACCUGAAGACGCGUAAGGAGGCCUGCUGGGCCAUUAGCAAUGCGACCAGCGGCGGUCUUCAGAAGCCAGAGCAGAUCCGGUAUCUGGUCGCCCAGGGCUGCAUCAAGCCACUCUGUGACCUUCUCGGCUGCCCCGACAACAAGAUCAUCCAGGUCGCCCUGGACGGCCUGGAGAACAUCCUCAAGGUCGGCGACCUUGACAAGCAGGCAGCUGGCGAGGGUUCUGAUUCGAUUAACCGCUAUGCGCUGUUCAUCGAGGAGUGUGGAGGUAUGGAGAGAAUCCACGGCUGCCAGACCAACGCCAACGAAGAGAUCUACAUGAAAUCGUACAACAUCAUCGAGAAGUACUUUUCGGACGAGGACGAGAACGCAGACGACGGCAUGAACGUCGCAGCAAAUGCCAACGGCCAGUUCGGGUUCGGAGAAAACACCAAUGCCGCGGCGCAAGGUGGCUUCAGCUUUGCCAAUGGCAACGACACGAUGGAUAUGUAG